GUGAAACACAGUGUCACAGAACUGAGCAAAUCUACAGCAGAAAGAUUAAUGGCGAAAGCAUCGAUUAAAGUACACAGCACAACGAUGAGAGAUGAGAUGCAGCGGGACGCUCUACAGUGCGCUCUUCUGGCUGUCAAUAUGUAUGACGGUGGCACAGACAUUUCUAACUACAUGAAGCAGGAAUUUGAGAGAAAGCAUGGGCGUACCUGGCACUGCAUUGUGGGAAAUACUGAAGGUUACAUCGUGGGGUCGAAAGAUGACUUUUAUAUUGACUUCUCCGUUGGCAAGAGGGAGAUAGUGCUCUUCCACACUGCCUAGCAACAGCAACAAUUCAAACAUAUUUUAUUUUAUUAAAGCAACUUAUAAAAAUGUU